AUGGAGACGACCAACGCGCGCCCGGAGAAGCGCCACCGGAUCGCCGCCGCCGCCGCCUCGGCGGCUGCCGUUCCAGACGACGUUCUGUUCUCCAACAUCUUGGUGCACCUCCCGGUGAAAUCCCUCGCUCGUCUCAAGUGCGUGAGCCGAUCUUGGCUCGCCGCCGUCGAGGACCCCGCGUUUGUAGUGGACACGACACCAACCAUGGACGACAGCAGCAGUAGCAGCAGCGAGGUUGAGCUGAUGCUCGAGAGGGCGUUCCCGGAUGGGGUCGAGAUAGACGUCGCCACGCACUGCGACGGCCUCAUCGCCGUCACGACGGACGCCGGCGAGACAUUCGUCUGCAACCCAGCCACCAAGGAGCUCGUCACGCUGCCGCUCGGCAUCAGCUGCCACAACGGCUGCGUCGUCUGGGAUCGGGCCGGCGUCGCCGAAAUCGGGCAUGAGAUCUUCGUUCUCGGCGGCGGCGGCGCCGGCUCAUGGGAGGCCACCGAGGAUCCACCACCAACCAGCGCCGUCGUGCCCAGCACUCCGCCGGCUUGCAUCGGAGGGUGCUUCUACUGGUGCACCAACGAGGACGUCGGCAACCCGAGCAUGUUGCUCCGGUUUAGCCUUCGCAGCCACAAGUUCGACAUGCCACGGAGACGACGAAGACGACCUCCCGUCUCUGGAUGCAUGCUGGACGGCGGCGGCGACAUGGCACGGCCGGAGUGGUCCAUGCGCUGCUGCAUCGAUGUCGGCGACUACGUGAGCUGCGUCUCCCCGCUGGUGGCCGGCGGGGAGCACAUCUUGCUGUCGGUGGAUGAGAACUUGUAUCUGUAUGGUGAGAGGAGUAGGGUUCUGGAGAAGGUGGUCGACACGGCAGAGGUGGAAUACGCGCGGUCGGAUGGGAGCAAAUAUAAGCUAGGCUAUGAUUUGUAUAGUCAGCAUUACUAUGUUCCAUAUGUGGAGAGUCUAGUCUCAAUUAGAUUUCGUAAUUAUUAA